AUGCUCUCUGCCUCCUCUGACCCAUACUAUGUGGCGAAGGAAGAGGUGGCCAAAGCCAUGCAGAGGCUUCAAGGCAUGCAUCCGGAAUGGCGACGGCUUCUGCAGACAGAAAACACCGCGCGGUCGGAACGUUUCAAGGAGCUGCACUCAGAGCUUGCAGGUGAACUUGAGCAACUGAGCCUGGACUUAGAUGACAUUCAUGCCACGAUCAGCAUGGUCGAAGGCAACCGUGGUACCUUCCAGAUCAGCGACGCAGAGCUUGCAAGCCGCCGGCGCUUUGUGGCAGACUCACGUCAGACACUUGAUCAGCUUCAGAAGGAUAUCCGUGGGCCGCAGACGCGGGCGAAGCUGGAAAGCGACCAGAAGGCACUGCUCUCCAGUUCAGCCUCGAGCGCGCGUGCUCGCGAGGAGCGGCAAAGCCGGGCGGUGCAGGACAACCAGGCAUUCCUGGAUAGGCAGCGACAGCAACAAGCGCAGAUGAUGGCCAGGCAGGAUGAGGACUUGACCGAGCUUUCACUAAGCGCGCAGAGGCUUGGCAACACUGCUCAGAUCCUGAAUGUUGAGCUCAAAGAGCAGCAGAAGUUGCUUGAGGAGCUGGAUGAGGAUAUUGACAAGGAGGCCGAGAAGCUGAACUUUGUCAUGAAGCGCAUGGGGAAGCUUCUGAAAACAAGCGACAGCAAGCAGCUUUGCCUCAUCAUCGGGCUCAGCUGCUUGGUGGCGUUCCUCCUCUUCCUGCUCAUCAACACCUGA